AUGAACCUUAAUAAAAAGAUACAAAUAGCCGAUCUUGUGGAAAAUCCAGUGGAAGCCGUGGCGCUGUCCUGCUCGUUCAACAGAGAAAACCUCUUCAACGACUGGAAGGCACCGAAUCUGCCCACACCCCUGAUCAACUUUAUCGAUCGACUUCUGCAGAACUGGAAGCGGUACAGCGCCUGGGAUGCCCUCAAUGCCCUGAACAAGCGCGCCCACCUAGCUGACGUGAAGUCCAUUGAGUGCCUCAUACACCGUGCCUCAAAGCUGAUCAGCCUCCUAGAAGGCAACAUUCGCAGCAUCACAGCAAACCGCAUGGAGACGAGUGACAUCACUCAGAUUAUUCGACAGGCCAUUUACGGCCACCCGAACUAUGUGCUUAAACUGGAUGAACUUGUUGGGGCCAAGAAACGCGCCUUUUUCCUGCGUGGCAUUCACAGAGUUCUGGGCAGCAUCCUUAUGCGACUGGUCCAGGUUAUCCUCUCCGGGGUACCAAUAAAGGCUGUCCAGGAUCUGCUUACAACCCUGGCUGGCAUAGUUGUGAAUCCCAUAACAAAGGCCUUUCUGGACACCUGGCAGAACCUUGUUCAGAUGUUAGUCGAGAAAUACGGCGAUCAAAUCGCGCUCAGAGAGGCUGAGCGUAAGCGGGAAUUUGAGAUGGCGCAGGAGCUCAUUGAUCUGGUUAGGGAAGCUAAAGAUCGCACAAUUACGAUGUCACAGACGAUCUCCGAGGAUCCUCAGCCGCCACCUCCCCUGACAUCAGGCAAGUAG